CGAUUUUUUUCACUUCUUUUUUGUUUUGAUAUUCAAAAUUUAUUCACCAUUCACAAAAUCCACUUUAUCUUAUUAAAAGAAUAGUCAAUAAUCAUUGUUAUUAUCGGUUAUCGGUUAUCAUAUUAUAUUACUAUAUUAAAAGUAUUAAAUACUAUUAGGUAUUUAUUCAUAUAGUAAAUCAGAUUUUAGCAUUCACUUGUUGGUUAUUCUCAAGUUUAAUAUUUAUUUUUUUUCUUUAAGGAACAGAGUUAUAUCAUUUUUUAUUAUUUUUACAUCAGUGGUGGGUUAUUGUCACUUUGUCUAGUGGACUAAAUAUUUUGGGUUUUUUUCUGUUUUAUUCGUGCUUUUUUUAAUUUUGUCUUGUUUAGUUUCAAAAUAGUUUGUUGGGUUCACUUGGUUCAGAAAAACCUUAAUACUACAAUAGCAAAAAAUUUAAAAUUAUUGUCUUCAUGGAUUCUGGUUCAUUUUUCAAAAUUCCGAAAUUGGAAGACUAUAAUAUUUCUCCGCAAACUGGGUUUAUACCAAAUGAAUAUCCAUUGGAAAGAUUGUCACAAGACUAUUACCAGCCCUGGGAAAAUUUGAUGGAUAAUUUGCCUUCAUUGAUUUUAUCCAAAAAAAUCCGAAAAAUCAUUGACAACAAACUACCAGUUCUAUCAACUGAAUAUCUAUCAAACACAAGAGAAUUCAGACGAGCUUACACUAUUCUAGCAUUUUUAACUCAUGCUUAUGUUUGGGCAUUUAAUGAAAACCCAGUUGAUACUUUACCACAGCAAAUAUCAGUUCCCUUUGUUAAGAUUUCGAAUGUUCUAGAAUUACCACCAGUUGCAACGUAUGCUAGCGUUUGUUUGUGGAACUUCAAGCCAAUUAUUAAAGAUAUCAAUGCUAGUGAUAAAAAUGUAAUCAAGGAUGAUUUAGACAUCGAUGACAUUUGUACAAUUAAUACAUUUAGUGGGUCGAUUGACGAAAGUUGGUUUUAUUUGGUCAGUGUUAUAUUUGAGAUUAAAGGUGGACAUUGUUUAAGUGAUGGAUUAAAUGCGAUUAGAUGUGCCAAAGCUCAUGACUUUAAAAAUUUGAUUUACUGUUUACAAAAAUUAGCUGAAUCAAUUGAUAAAUUAGGUUCAAUCUUAAUGAAAAUGCUUGAAAUGUGCGAUCCACAUACUUUUUAUUUUAGAAUUCGACCAUUUUUAGCAGGCUGGAAAAAUAUGAAAGAAUUUGGCUUGAACAAAGAUGGAUUAAACUAUGGUACCGAUACAAAGCCAGAUAUAAGAUCAUAUGCUGGUGGCUCAAAUGCUCAAUCAACCUUAAUCCAAGCUCUAGAUAUUAUAUUAAAUGUCGAACACCAUCCCACUGGUAAGAGACCCUCAUAUAACAACCAUUCGUUAUCAAAAUCAUUGCCACCAAAACCUAUUGCAAACAAGAAUCAAAAAGAUGAUGGUAACAAUUUUAUAAUUGAAAUGAGAAAGUAUAUGCCAGGGCCACAUCGAAGAUUUUUAGAAGAUUUAUCAAAAAUCAAUAUCAUCCAAUCGGUCGUAUUGGAAAACUCUAAAAAUCAUCCAGAGCUAGCAUUGUCCUAUGAUGCCUGUGUUGCCAUGCUUAAAGCGUUUAGAGACAAACAUAUUCAAAUUGUUACAAGAUAUAUUAUCCUUCAAGCAAGAUUGUCCCAAAAUGGUGGCUCAUUAAGUAAACCUGGCUCUGUUAAAACUCUAAGAGUUGGAUUGGCAUCCAAACUGACUUUAGAAGAAAAGGGUACCGGCGGCACAUCGUUGUUGCCAUUUUUGAAACAAUGCAGAGACGAAACAGGAGAUUCUGCUGCUGGGUCAUGGGGCAGAAGAAUCCUUUCCAGUGGUGUGCAAAGCCUUAAAUACACCACUGAAAAGUUGUCUGCUGGGGAAAUAAAGAAGAGAAACAAGCAGAAUUGGGGAGAGAAAGAAAAUGCCGCUGGCCAUUGGUAGAAAUUACGAAUGCAAGAUUUCUAUUCUCGAGCUCUUCUCUCUAUCCCACAGUUACAGCUGCAACAGCAAUAAUGCCUACAUAUAUACUCAGGCCCCUGCUAGGGCUCUGGGCAAAAUACGAGUAGGGCUCUUCACUCUCAAAGCAGAUCUAGAGAUUGACUUGUGCAGGUUUGUGCAUUGCCGCGUCUGACUUGCAGCUGCAGCUGUGGUGUUUUUCCGGGCUCUGGGGUGUGCUGCCUUUGGAGGUUUUGGUGUUUUUGGUCUUUGUUUUGUUGGUGCUGGUUCUUUUGCUGUCUUUUCUGCUUAUGCUGCUUUUGCUGUUCGUCUGAGGUUAGUUUUUUUUUUUUUUUUUUUNGGGGGGGGCG